GCAAGGACAUGUUGGGGCUGCGGCCGGCGAGCUCAAAGUCUGCAUUGCAUAGUUUUGUUUACGUUCUGCACGCAAAACGGAGCAACAGUUGUUCUAAUUUUGGGUGUUUGGGCUGCAGUGUAUUGCAGUUUGCAUCCUCCGGCUAAGAUGCAAUGCCAUAAUAGUAAUUUGGAAGACGAGGACUUUGACUUGGAUGUUCAAGAGCCGGAAUGCAAGCGGAUUAAAGUAGAACGUGAUGGGGACGAGGGAGACUUGGAUUGGCGAGUCUAUAACAUUAUCAAUGACCAGUUCAACAAAGAAAUCAACGCGUGGAAAGACAAAGUGAUUGAGAUUCAGGACUUAUUAUCAAAAGGACGACAAAAUCUGAGCCUUAUGCGUUAUGUUGCGACCAAAUCAUACUACAGGCCUCAGCCUUCCAAGCAGCAGUCUAGAAUUCAUCCUGCUGUGAAGAAACUGCUAGGUUCAAAGAAGAAAGAAGAAAUUCUAAUUGACGUGGAUGUGCCAGAAACACUGAAGCCCAUCAAACAGGAGCCUAAGGGGGAAAAAGCAAAGCAAACUGAAGUCAUCCUCUCUAAAACCCCGUGCUACAUUCCGCCCAAGGAAAAGCCUGGAAGUUCAAUAAGCGUUUCAACUAUUGGUCGGUCCCUAUUGGGAAAAGAAAAGCACACCAUCGUUGUCGGCAAUGUGUCCAAAUGGAUUAUGCCUGAGGACCGGGAAGGUGAAUCAACUCACAAGUGGAUGCUGUAUGUUAGAGGUCCGCCAGACGCCCCUGACUUAUCAAACGUUGUGCAAAGAGUGAGAUUUUUUCUCCACUCCAGCUACAAACCUCAUGAUGUGAUUGAAGUCAACUCUUCCCCCUUCCACCUGUCAAGGAGAGGUUGGGGCGAAUUUCCUGUGCGAGUACAAAUUCACUUUUUUGGGCCUCAAAAUAAGUCCAUCGAAAUCAUCCACAAUUUAGCUCUAGACAAAACCUACACAGGACGUCAAACAUUGGGUGGUGAAACAAAGUUGGAUGUAUGGAUCGUGAAAGAGUCGCCACUUGAGGAGAAGCAGCUGUCAUUGUUGAAGAUGACCUCGCCUGUGAAGACUGAGCCUGAAACUGAGGCGCCCCCAGAGCCUAGUCCCAGCAAAAAAGUUGAGGCUAAAGUUCCCACGUCCAAAUCGAUGAAGAUGAUACAUACAGUGCCAAAGGCAGGAGCGCCAAAGCAAAUUAUAAUUCCCAGUUUGUCAAAUCGGACGUUCAUCAUUCCCGCAAAUGCCGGUCAAAUGUCUGGGCAAAGAGUAAUCACCAUUAAAAGUGCCUCUCAACUAGGUACGAGAGCAUCAGCAUCGCAAAAAGGAGUGUCACUGCUCAAACCCAACGUGGCAAACAAAGGAAGUGGGCCGAGGCAGGUGAUUUACCUGAAACUGAACGGAAGCGGAAAGUUGAUCCCUAUCAUCGCGCCAUUCGUCCAGCCCACACAGGUCAAAAGCCCCACAACCCCGCAAGUGAAAACUGUUCACAGCCAAGUGCAAUUUCGUCCUGUUAUAAAUAGCAAAGCUGUUUUACCAUUGCCACCGCAAAAUUUGGCAAAAUCUGAAAAGCUGCAAGCUAAGAAAUCCUACAUUGAAAAUUAUGAAAAAUUGGCUGUGAAGUGCACAGACUCAUUUGAUGUAGCAGCUUGCGCACUGUUAAGAAGUCUACCUCUCAUUGAUAAGGACCUGGCAGAAAAUGAAGUAUAUUGCUCUCUGCACUCCUACAUGAUUCCAUCCACUGAAGCAUUCAUGGCGAUGCCAGUCGGAAAGCAAAGGGCUCACGAGAUGCUAAGGGCGAAGGAUGUGCUUAAGUGCCUCCAAAAGCAAGGUUUUCAAGAAAAAAAUCCAUGGACAAUAGCUAAGCUUGCCCGGGCAUAUGGCUUCACUCCAAUAACUAACUGUUGUGAAAGAACCGUCAGUACAUUAGUGCCUUCAGUUUAUAAAAACUGCUACUCUGAGGAUUCUGAUAUCAUCAAUUGGCUUACGUCCAACUGUAAUAAUUACAAGAAACUUGACCAAGAAGCAGAGGUUGAUGUUGAACAUAUCAGAAAUGAACAGCGUAAUAAAGGAGCAAAAGUGGUGCCAGAAAAUAUGACGAAACUGAGUCAGAAAAGCGUAUUUAUCCGUUCAAUAGCUAAGAAGAUUGGAAUUCGUUUUGACAGUGAAGAUGACAAUGAACCAAAUAAUGGAGAGGCAGAACAUGUAAUCUACGAGUGUGCAUUGCAACUAAUGGAAGAAUUAUUACGGAGAUCGCGCUUUGAAGCCAUGAAAAGAGGAAGCAGCGAGUGUAUCGCGUUGAAAGAUGUGCAAGGAGCUCUACAGCAGAGGCAGGAAUUUGAUUUAUUCCGCAAUGACGGUCUUGGCUCUCCUCUUGAGAGGUAGCUUCGCAUGCUUACAGAGUAAGCCUAAGGCUUGAUGGUUAAAAUGCUUUCACAUACUCUCAGGAUUAAUAUAAACGCAUCAAUUGCCAAUUUGUAUGCAUUACGUCAACGUUCAUACACAAUAAACAAAAAGAAACCUUUAAA